CGGCAGGAGCAACAGCAGCAACAGCAACAGCAACAACAACCGCUACCGCCACCCCCACAGAAGCAGCAGCACCGGGAACAACAGCAGCAGCCAGAGUCGCCUUAUGGACCGCCAGUGCGCCCAAUGCCCGUUUUCAAGCAGCUGCAACAACGCGAACGUGAGCGUGAACGCGAUCCUAGAUUCUACCAACCGCCGCGCCAACAACUGGAACCGUUACCGCCAUUGAAAACACCAAGGCAGCAGCAGCAUUACCCCCGUAGUAGCUACUACGAAGACUUCUCACUCUACAAUCAGCAGCGCGAUGAUCCCGUGCCCCUAACAUACGGUCAAGGUCGUACUGAGAGUCAGAGUCGGUACUCUGCACAACCACUACCUCCGAUCGAUACUCGCAUGCGACCAACAUAUGGAGGACCCCAGCCAAGACGGUCGGUUAGGGAUUAUAACAAUGAGUACCAGAGUCCAGUUGAGAGUGGUGGCGGUAGGCGUGGGGAGGACGGAUUGUUCCCGGCGUCGAGGUAUGCGGCACCGUUCUUGAGGGAUUAUGAGUUGCAGCAGAGGGAAGGCCGUCGUCGUAUGCCACAGGGACCACCCAUGCCCAUGCAGAUGCCGAUGCCGAUGCCAGUGCCGGCGCCGGUGCCAAGGAAUGAGUACGGCAGUGGGGGGAUGUAUUGAAGAAGUGGUAGGCAGUCUCUUAAUUGAGGAUUUAGAGGAUUAGAAUAAUGAAAUAGAUUGUGAACAAGC